AUGUUGUGGCGAAGUGUUUUCGCAUGUUUGGUGUUAUGCGCGGUCGCGGAAAGUCAAAAUCGUGGUUCGACUAAAGCCACGAUACAACCGUCUACGAGAAACACGGCAAGAACUCCGACUCCCGUGAUAAGAGUCAAUUAUAAAAGCGUUAAAAGAAGUUCCAUCGUCGGUGCUACGUCACAAAAUGAAACCGCAAAUACCGUCACGACGGAAUCCGGUACGACAACCGGAAGAGGAUCUUCCUCAUCGAGAAACAGGAUGCGAAAUGAAAAACUAUGA